GAAAAAAAAGCCAAAAAGUCGGCUAAGCCCUGUAACCCGGCCGGUAGCUACACUAGACCGUUUUUACUCCCAGGACUCCGGGGCUCUAGGGCCGUCCCGGUUAAUUUUUUGAAUUGCUACCUUAGAGGCACCUAACCUAUAUUACCUAAAGACAGGCAUCUUAUGUUUUUCAAUGUCUGCGUUCUAUAACGAGAUGGAUUUUGCGAACCUUUACCAGACACGUCUACAUGGGACUUCGAUUAUCUCACGUGCAUUUUAAGAUCAAACAGCAUACUAACUAUGUAUGUAAGACGGAUAAGGCUGGAAAUGUCGAUACGCCCGUCUCGGUUAUCUCACCUUGCUUUGAAUAUUUAGGAGCAAAACAGGGGAGAACAAGGGGUUAAGAACUAGCAGGGACUUCGAUUUGUUCAGUUCGGGUUUUAACCGUCGCCAAGAGCUCAGCCCCCUAAGAGAUCCAGUUGUCCUUAGCAACUGGUUUAGUUUUGGCGGUCCAGGGGUUAAGAAGUACGAGAUGUACGAAGUCUGUCGUUAAUCUCUCUUUUUCUAUUGUAUGCAUUUUUCCCUUGACGUACGACGGGAUAGUAGGAUGCUAUCGGUAUAGCAUGCGCGCAAACUCGUCUAAUGUAGUGAUUUGCGCUCUUGUUCUGCAGCAGCGAUGCAGAACCAUCAUCAGGAUGCGGCCUUUGACCAUAACAAAUAUUAUUUUCCGCCCAAUACGCUGACGUCUAGCCAGUCUCAACCAUGGCUCGAAGUGGCUCCGGUACGGGAUGAGCAAGGUACGCCAGGAUUGCAACCGAUAUCACACGACGAAUACAAAUACGCAGAUACUACUGAGCUAGGCCGAAGAUGGGAUGGGACGGCGCCGUACAGAACACAUGGGACAGCACAUGCCGACGAAAUAACCUCGCAAGGCCUUCAAGCCGUUCCUACGAUCGCGACGGGACAACCGCAACCGCAACCGCAGCCACAAUUACAACCGCAGUUCCAAUGGUCCAAUCCCAACGUGAACCACCAUUACGGGCAAUCAUGCCAGACGUUGCCAUCAUCUCAGGUUUCCGGAAUUUCCAGUGAAAACCUGAUGCAUGGCCCUCAACCAGUUCCCUCGAGUACUGAACAACAAAUUCUUAAUCCUUAUGCCGCAGGCGGCGCUGGUCCGUCGUGGGUAAAGGAUGAGCAUCGAACCUUGGAUAGCGAUAAAGAGGUGAAAGUGAAACGUUGGAUAUUAUGGACUAUAGGCGGCGCUAUAGUGUUACUCCUUGGAGUCGGUGCAACUCUAGGCGGCGUUUUAGGAAGUCGAGCACGGUGGAGCGAUAGCGACAAACAGACGGAUUCGGAAACAACUUCUAAUAUAACUUCCAAUACAACUUCCAAUCUGACAUCGCCCAGCUCUCCGAAAUCGACGCCAAUACAAUCCAUCAAGAUCGGCUCCAAGUUGGCCGUGACCGGAUAUAGGACCGGUUCGGGUUACAGCACUCGUCUCUUCUUCCAAGAUCAAGACAACCGGAUACGAUUCACGGAUAGGGAGAGCGCUAGUGCUAAUUGGACAGCGACGACGGUUUUAGACACCCUGCCAUAUCAACCGAUGGAGAACGGUUCGAUAGCGGCGGGGUCCUAUUUAUUCGCCGAUCCGGUGCCAACUGUUGAAUUGUUCUAUGAGGAUAAAGACGGCGUAGUUCGGGGCCAGAACUUUAAUUUCGCGUUUGAAAAGGAGAAAUUCCCUCCUAAAGGUAAUCCGGGGAGUAUAAAUUCAUAUCCUCUACAAACAGCUGGGAAGACGCGAAUAUCAUGCUACUUCCCAUACAUCGCUUCUCAAGACGGCAACAAUGCCAUACGAUGGACGACAUUGCUAGGACAAGACAGCAAUAAUGUUUCGGCGCCAGGGUGGGUUAACGAUACAAGUUGGAACAUCAGAGCAUCCAAAGGGGGCGGCAUGGUCGUGCUUCCGAUCGCCCAAACGUACCACAACGCUGGAGGCAUUGUGUACCGGAGUAACGAGGGUAUGUUAUCCCUCAAAAUUCACGACGGAUUGGAAUCUUCCAAUGACGAGGUAGCAUGGAGGAAAGGGGCGCUAUCGAAGAAAAUCCCAGCCGACGCUUCUAUCGGCGCCUUUUCCGUCGGGCGACCAUACGACAAUAAUAACCAAGUCAACACAUACAUACUGUACCAAGACGAGAAGGGGGUGAUACAAGUGGUAUGGCAAGACGACGAUACCGGCUGGAAAGGACCUCAAACGUACGAUGCGUUAGAUGGAGCAGAGAAGGGAACUGAUAUUGCUUGUUUGACUCCUGCAGCCUAUGAUCUUGGAAACGUGGGCAUAUCUAGGGAGCAAAAUAUGAACCGGUGCUUUUUCCAGGUGGGGGAUGGAAAUGUUAAAGAGGUAUGGUUCAACGGCGACAACUGGAUUUCAGUGGGAAUUGUGCCGACGGCGUAGAAUUGUAUAUACCUACGACAGCGAGAUGUUAGAAGAUGCAUAUUAUACCCAAUAAGCAAUAAUUGAAGUUUUAAAAUCUGAC